UGAUUUAACACUGUAAUUAAACAAUCCGUUGAUGUCACACAAACUUCAUCAUUAUUGUAUAUAAUAUGACCAUUCAUGAAGAGAACUAGCUCAUUUCAUAUUGUUGCAAACAAAAUCAUCACGGUGAGUUAGUGUUGAUGCGCGGAAAUGUGGUCGACCAAUUGGAUUCUGAUUUACCUCUUCGUGCCGCUCCUUACACUCGGCCAAGUUUCGUCAUUCACGUUGACAAUCAGGAAUGUGCCUGUAGCAUUGGAGGAGUCAGUCACACUGCCUAUUGAGGGGAGUUACAGCCUUCUACACUACCUGUCCUUGGCCUUCGAGCAGGGCCUACAAAACCUGCAGACAUUUACAACAACGUACUACCCGGGGCAGGGCUUCUACGUGUUCGCCAUUAACGGUGAUGAGAGCGUCCCUAACGACUACGGCUGGCAGGUGACCGACAAUGGCACCAUUGUAACUGUCGGGUUGGAUUCCUACUUCCCAACCGACGGCAGUAAUAUUAUGGUGGCAAUGGUGGAGGUACCGAAGUUCCUGCUCACCGUGGAGAACACAUUCAAUGAGAAUUUGUUAAAUGUGUCCGUUCGCCUGCCCGUCCGCGAGGGCAGGACACUCAUCCAAUACCUACCGGAUGCCAUCAAGAGACAAGAUACUGCCUUACUCAGUUUCUCGGCUACAUAUGAACCAAGCAAGGGUUACACAGUGAACAUCAUCAACGAUGUUGCAGAGAACAAAGCUGAUAAAACAUAUUGGUCAGUUUUGAAAUUUGGCGUCGCCUUAGAGAUAGUCGUGAGUCAGUACGUUCCUGUACCAGAUGAUGAAAUAACAUUCCGCUUUGCCACGUACUCGGGGCUCCAGCCGCCGUCUCCUUCCGCCGUCCCGCUACCUAACAACACUCCUCCCACCCCCCAACAAGCUACUAUCAACUAUACUAUUAUCAACAACAUUAUGGACCCAACCUUCUCCAACAUGAUAACACUGGCUGUAGAUGCCGGAAGUCCAAUGAUCAACUAUAUGGAGCGCGCAUGUGACACUAGAUCGGCAGAAUUCAAGUCGUUCUCAGUGAUGUACAUGGUUGAGUUCGAUGGAUAUUUCGUGUAUGCCGUGAAUGGGGUGGUGGCGGACUGGCAGACGACAUACUGGAUACUCACUAACAACACGGAUCAAAUCACCGCAGGUGUGAGUAACUACGUUCCCGUGGCGGCAGAAUCACUUGCUCUUACCUACACGUACGUACCGGAUAACGCCAACACGACAACAGAGGCGACCCCCGCCUAGAACCUCCCGGUCACUGUCUACCAUCCGAUUUUACUUGUCAUCAUUUGUGUUUAAUAUUGGACAUUUGCAAUACGAUUACACAAUUAUAUUUAAAAAAACGCGUCCAUAACAUUAAAAUACAAAUGUAUA